UGCCGCAGGAGGGCAGGCGUCUCUGUAGUAAGUGGUGGAGGCGCAGCCGUUAUUCCCCCGGCCCGGAGCGAGGGUGGUAGUGCCCGACAAGAUGGCGCCGGGGCGCGCCAAGCGCUCAGCCUGACCGACGCCGGGAGGCAGAGGUUACCUCCUGGGGGCAAGAUGAGUGAGUGGCAGAGGGUGUUUGAGCAGAACCUCACCGUUCCCCCGCACUGCCAGCGCAGACGUGCUCGCUGGCCAGGCUCCACUGCCUUCUGCUGCGUGCUGAAGCACCUGGAAGGAGCUGCCCUCACCCAGGGAGCUGAGUACCAGCUGCGCCUCUCCCUUUUCGAUGCCACCUACCACCGCUUCUUUGGCAGGACCUGGAGGAGCGCCCAGCGGGCUGCCCGUGCCGCCCCUCCGCGCCCAGCCAGGGCGGCUUUCAACCAGACUGUCUACUUCCACACCUCCUUGAACCACCCUGGCAUCACUGCUGUUGUGGAAGUGGUGGCAGUAGCUGGGAAAGGGGACCAGGGCUCUCAGUAUCUCUCCUGUGGCUUUGGACUCAUUCCCCUCUUCAGCAGCCGGUCGGAGGUGACAGACCUGGCCACUGAGGACAGAGCGCUGAAGCUGUACCAUGGGACACCACGUGCCUUACUGCACCCACGCUUCCAGGACCCCAUGGAGAAGAACAAAUACCUGAUGGUGAUGGAGAAAAGCCACCUGCAGUAUGCCCUGAGGACCCACCAGCCCCUGGAGAUGGUGUUCCACCUCCUUCCUGAAAACCUGCUGGUGUCUGGGCUGCAGCCCCUCCCUGGCGUGCUGCCGGCGCGCGGGGACGCAGCUGACUGCUUGCAGCAGCCCCGGCUGCUGCAGCCGGUCCCCUGCUACCUGGAGAGGCUCUCUGUGCAGCUGGCCCCUUCCCUGGAGGAGUUCGAGGAGCAGCUGCUGGAGCUGCUGAACAGCGAUCGCCUGCUGCAGGCCAAUGCUGUGCCGGACGGUGCCAGGCUGGUGGUGCGCGAGCGGCGGCUGCACGUCGGCGUCCACAACGGCCUCCGCUUCCUGCAGCUGCCACAGGUCGCCCUGCUGGUGCCCCAGGCAGAGGUGGCACAGGGCAGCUGCCCACAGCUGCCAAGCUCUGGAACCAGGUAAGAGGUGACCCUCUGGUGCUGCUUCCCUGCCGGCUGGGUGCUGCCCACAGCCACUUCUCCCUCCUGGUGCAGGGGUCAAGCCCUGGUCCUGAGGAGCCGAAUCCACCUGAGCGAGAUGGUUCCUCACCCGGCCUUCAGGGUCUGCUUCCAGCUGGAGUAUGUCUGCUGCAGCUCAGGAGGAGCUGGUGGGAAGGCCUUGCCUGGCAGUGCCCGUGGUGAGGUGGGUGACCUGUACUCAGUGUGCUGGGCUGUCUGGAGCCCAGUGCCAGGCUCCAGAGAGGCUGAAGUGGUCCUGCCCCUGCAUGGUGGUGCCCACCGUGGGCCCUGCCAGACCUUGGUCUACAGGAGCCCAGGGAGCAGCAGGAGCUCACAAAAGCCCCAGGAGCAGCAGGUGGAGUCUGGGACUGUCCAAUUCCACGUUGCCACUGCCUGGGAGGAACAUCCUGCGAGUGCUGUGGAGCUGCCGCGCAGCGCCGGGGCCGAGGCGGUGCCCACGCCGGGUGAGUGUCUGGCAGCCCCUCUGCAAACAAUGACCUCCCCACGGGGACCAGGGCUGUCGGUGUCGGAGCUGUCGGCCUCGCCGCGGGGCAGGGAUGGAUUCCUGGUGCCACAAGGCUGCAGCUCAUGGCAGGACUCCACUCACCUGGAGGCUGCUGCAGGCAUCACUCACCUGGAGGCCGACCUUGGCUUGCUGGACCCGGAGCCCAGUGGCAGUGACCAGCUGCGGGCACUGCCCUUCACCCCCCUGCAGGUGCCCAUUGCGGCCGUGGGGCUGCAGGCAGGCAGGUGCCACAGGCCGCCGUCCCGUGCCGCCCUGGCACGCCUGCAGGCCGCUGGCUUCCCGCAGAUCCUGGACCGCCACCAGCUGCCGGUGGAGGCCUCGGAGCCCCUGGAGCCGGCGAGCCUCAGCCUGCAGCUGGAGGAGGCUGACCCCCUGCAGGGCAACGAAAUCAUCCUGCAGUUCCUGGCCUUUGGCAGGGACACCAGGGAUGGCACAGAGGGGACGUGGCCAGGGACCAUAUUCCUCACCUUCCAGUUCUAUCGUUUCCCACCGGUCACCACUGCCCGGCUGCAGCUGCUCGGCGCUGAGCAGGGGGCGGCGCAGCUCCUCGUGCAGCUCGACAAGGAUGGGACCCUCAGCACUGGGCCCCCAGGGCUGCAGCUGCGGUACAUGGUGGACCCUGGGUGCCUGCGGCCCGGGGAGCAGCGCUGGUUCCUGCGCUACCUGGCGGAGCACAGCCUCCAGAUCGACGUCUGGGAUGGAGACUCCCUGCUCCUCGUUGGCUCCGCUGCUGUUCAGCUGCAGCCGCUGCUGCGGCAGGGCCGGGCGGCCGUGCGGACGCACCACGAGCUGGCGGUGAGCCGUGCGGAGUACGAGCAGGACACCGCGGUGCUGGGCAGGGAGGCUCUGCGGCACGGAGCCCUGCGGCCCCUCGGCGUCUGCGUGCUGCUCAGGGGCCACCUGCACCUCUGCCUGGCCAACGUUGGGCACCCGUGUGAGGAGACCCCAGGGCAGCUGCCAUCCCCAUUGCCAUCCCGCUCCUGCCACGUGUCGGGUGCUGCCAACGUCUCAGCUGGUAGCUGGUUACCUUUGCAUGCUGCUGGCGGGCAGGUGUCACGGGCACGGAGGUUGGUGGAGCUGGACAGUGAGCUGGCAGCUGCCCUGCAGAGCCGCCGGGCAGGGGCACAGCUGCCAGCCCCAGCCGCCGGCGAGGCCCUGGGCGUUCGCCAGCGCAAGCUGCGGCGCAUGGCGCUGGUGCGGCAGCAGGAGGGUGCCAGCGGUGCGAGGAUGCCCCAGCGCUCGGAGCAGCGUGCCCAGCACCUGCGGGACCUGCAGAUCGUCGAUGCCUACCGGGACCACACCAAGGGGGAGAGCAUCGCCCAGGCCCUGUGCCAGGCCAUCACUGCCACCCACACGGUGCACGCGGUGCUGGGCACGGCCGAGUUCUUCGAGUUCACCCUGAGGAACCCCUGCAGCGUGCAGCACACUGUGACCAUCGAGGUCGACCACCCUGAGCUCAGCGUGGUCCUGGACCCGCGGGAGUGGCGCCACUUCAAGCAGCUGACCAGGAGCUCCACGCCGGUGGAGGAGGAGCUGUUCCACCUGCGGGAGGACCGCAAGCCUCAGGUCUACCUGCGGCCCCGCGAGGCCCUGCGCAUCCCCUUCAAGUACCAGAGCUUCUCCGCCGACCCCGCGCUCAGCACCGCCCAGGGGCCGGCUGGGCUGGAGGCUGGUGCCGGCGUGGCCGCCCUGGGGAAGGGGGAGGGCAGGCAGGCGAAGCACAUCCAGGUCUGCUUCCAGGGGAGCAGGGGCAAGCCCCUGGCCCUGCUGCGGGUGCAGGUGGAGCCGCAGCCGCACGUGGUGGACCAGACCUUCCGCUUCUACCAGCCUGAGCUCACCUUCCUGAAGAAGACCAUUCGGCUGCCCCCCUGGCACACCCUCCCUGGGGCACCGGUGGGGAUGCCAGGAGAGGAGCCCCAGCUGUUUGUUCGCUGCAGUGACCCCAACAUCAUUUGUGAGACCAAGAACAUGGGCCCAGGUGAGCCGCAGGACAUCUUCUUAAAAGUGGCUGGAGGACCAAGCCCCCAGAUCAAGAAGUUCUUUGUGGCUAUUUACACGGAUGCCUGGCUGGCAGUGCCCACGCAGAUCUGGCAGUUCUACCUGCACUCCCUGCAGCGCCUGGACCUGAGCGGCACGGCCGGGCAGCUCGCCCGCCUCUCGCUGCUGCUGCGCGGCACCGCCGCCCCCCGCAGGGUGCAGGCCUUCACCUCCCACCCCCACGAGCUGCAGGUGGACCCAGCCGGUGCCUUCCUGCUCCCUGCCAACGCGGCGCAGGAGCUGUCCCUGGGCGUGCGGCCCCGCAGGGCUGGCACCAGGUUCAUCUACCUCAACCUGGUGGAUGUGGAGUCUCACCAGCUGGUGUCCUCCUGGCUGCUCUGCCUCUCCUGCAGGCAGCCUCUCCUCUCCAAGGUGUUUGAGAUCUCUCUGCCCGUGGGGGGCAGCUGCCACAAGCGCAUCACCUACACCAACCCCUACCCCUCGCCCCGGCUCUACUUCCUGGGCACCAACCGCCCUGACCUGCUGCGCUUCAGGGAGGACUCCUUCCAGGUGGCCGGGGGGGAGGUGUACAGCAUCGGCCUGCGCUUCGCCCCGGGCCGGGCGCCCGGCCAGGAGGAGAUCCUGAUCCACAUCAACGACCACGAGGACAAGAACGAGGAGACCUUCUGUGUCAGGGUCCUCUACCACUGAGCCUGCUGGGCUCUGCUGGCACUGCCCCCUGGGGAUGCCAGAGUCUCUCCCAUGGAGGGCAGGCGCCAGACUGGGAUGCCCAGCGGUGCCCUGAGCCCUGGCGGUGCCAGCCGGCUCCAGCUGCACAGCCUGGGCAGAGCCAAG